GGUUCCCUCCAGACUGCAGCCAUCUCCGCAAGACCAGCCCCAGCGGGGUGUACGUCAUCCAGCCGGCUGGGUCACCCCCACGCGUGGUGUGGUGCGACAUGGACACCGAAGGCAAGGGCUGGACUGUUGUCCAGAGAAACUCUCAUGACACUGAACUUGCGUGGAAGCAAUCCUGGACCACCUACAAGUACGGCUUUGGGAACGUGCGAGGCGAUCACUGGCUGGGCACCGAGUACCUGCACCUCCUGACAAAGCAAGGCACCUACAAGGUCCGCUUCAUUGUGCGGAAUAAAGCCAAUGUCACCCAUUACGCCGAGUACGACAUCUUCAGGGUAGAGAGUGAGGCGAGUGGGUACCCACUGAGGCUGGGCCGAUUUUCUGGUGAUGGGGAUGACUACUUGACCAGCUACCACCCCAAGAAGGGAGGCAUACACGACAACAUGAAGUUCAGCACUACAGACAAGGACCAGGACCAGUACAGAGGGAACUGUGCCAACAGCUACGGGGGCUGGUGGUACGACAAGUGCCAGAACGUCCUGCUCAAUGCCAAAAAGCAAAUCCUUUGGCCAGGAUUCUGUGAUAAUGCGACUGCGCAUCCUCCCUCAUCCUGGUCAAGCCCACAGACGUGUGCUGACCGUGCCGCAACCUCCUAG